AUGUUACAUGCAAAAUCAACUGCUUUAGAAGUUGUUCAAACUUUAAAUGAUGAUCAUACGGGUAAAACAGUGUUAAUUACUGGAGGAACAGCUGGUAUUGGACUUGAAACAGCACGUGCACUUGCUUCAAUUCAUGCACAUGUUAUCAUUACAGGACGUGAUAUGAUUAAAGGUAAAAAAGCUAUUGAAGAUAUUCAACAAUCAACAAAAAAUCAACAAAUUGAAUUAAUGGAACUUCAUCUUGAUUCGCUUGAAUCAGUUCGUUUAUUUGCUGAAGAAUAUAUUAAAAGAAAUUAUUCAUUAAAUAUAUUAAUAUGUAAUGCUGGUGUUUUUCCUGGUACACUUAAAUUAACUACGGAUGGUUUUGAACAUAAUUUUGGUAUAAAUCAUUUAGCACAUUUUUUACUUGUACAAUUAUUAUUACCUGUAUUAAAACAAAGUCAACCAUCACGUAUAAUUGUUGUUAGUUCAUUAGCUAAUCGUCGUGGUGGUAUUGAUUUCGAUGAUCUAAAUUGGGAAAAACGUCCAUAUGAAAAAUGGUUAGCUUAUGCACAAAGUAAAGUAGCAAAUAUACUUUUUGCUAAACAAGCAAGUCAAUUAUAUGCUGAUCAAGGUAUUAAAGUUUACAGUCUACAUCCAGGUACAAUUUUUACUGAUAUACAAAAGGAUUUAACUCAAGAAGAUUGGGAUAGACUUGGCUGGAUUGAUAAAGAAACUGGAAAACCUAUUGAACGUAUAAAAACUACUGAACAAGGUGCAUCAACUAGUGUUUGGGCUGCAUUAGCACCUGAAUUAGAAAAUCAAUCUGGUGCUUAUUGUGAAAAUUGUGCAAUUAGUCCAGGUGUUGUUGAUCCAUCAACUCCUAUAACUUAUGGCUUAGCAGCACAUUCAGUUGAUAUGGAAUUUGCAAAACGUUUAUGGAAAUUAAGUGAAAAUUUAGUUGAAAAAUUUUUAACAAAAUAA